CGUAGGGGAAGACUGCGUCCCUCAAGUAACUCGGGCCCAGCCAGGGCUUUAUAGGUGAUAACCAACACCUUGUAUUGUGCCUGGAAGCACAAUAACUAGUUUUUCGUGUUGUAUUGACUUCAGCAUAUUUAGUGUAGAACAGGGAUGGGAAACUCAUUGCCUUCCAGAUGUUGGCUUGUAGCUCCAUAAUUUCAUAAUUGACGUUGGUUGGAAAUUGCAGUCCAGUAGCAUCUGGAACUCCAGAUGUUCCACAGCCCUGAGACAGAGCAGAAUAGAAGUCUGCUUUAGAAGCAGAAGUCUACAUCUUGUUGUGCCGCAAAGUGGGAAGCGCAAUGGAAACUAUUAAGGACUUGGGGCUAAACUACUAGGCACUAUAUGAAAUUGUGAUUGCAGUUUAAUGUUUAGGAUUGGCACAGGAGAGAGGUUCUCCAAAUCCAAAUGAAAGUUUUCCCAAAGACCAAUCCUGAAAUUGCUUUUUGACCCUCCCAGGGAAAAGCUGCUAUCAACAUCAGUUGUACAUUUCAAAACUAUGUAGGACAGAAUGGUAAACAUAUUGACAUUUUUUGAUUCACAUAAGCACCACUGAUACAAUGAACAGUUUCAGUUAAUGCCGAUGCAAUAUUUGCUAUAUGUUUAGAUUGUCAAGGAAUUCCCCCAUAUUUCUUGUAGUAAUGAAUGAGCUGCAAAUUAAGAUGUGAUAUAGAUGUUCUCUAUUUAACAUAAGCUGUUGUUUAAAAUGAAUCAGUUAUGAAAACACUGUCCAACUUUACUUAGAUACUUUCCGGAGAUGUACUUUUCAAGAGCCAUGUCUGAAAACUAUUACGUGACAUGUGAAUGCAGGCAGGAAGGUGGGCUAACAAUAACUGGGUUUUUUUAUAGCAAAAGAUCCUUGAUUACCUUUUCUCUCUUUUUUCUUCCCAGCACAACCCAUCAGGUGGUUUGUAUAAACAACAUAAAUUUCCAGAGAAAAUCUGUUGUUGGUUAUGUGGAGCUGACAAUAUUUCCAACAGUUGCAAACUUGAACAGGAUCAAGCUGAACAGUAAACAAUGCAGAAUAUACAGAGUGAGGGUUAAUGACCUGGAAGCUGCUUUCAUUUACAAUGAUCCUACACUGGAAGUUUGUCAUAAUGAGUCUAAACAGAGAAAUCUCAAUUACUUUUCCAAUGCAUAUGCUGCUGCAGUCAGCGCCGUGGAUCCUGAUGCCGGAAACGGAGAGCUAUGUAUUAAAGUACCAUCAGAACUUUGGAAACAUGUUGAUGAAUUAAAAGUUUUAAAAGUACAUAUCAACUUUUCUCUGGACCAGCCAAAAGGAGGUCUUCAUUUUGUGGUACCAAAUGUGGAAGGCAGUUUGGCAGAAAGAGGAGCUCAUGUCUUCUCUUGUGGAUAUCAAAAUUCUACAAGGUUUUGGUUUCCUUGUGUUGACUCCUAUUCUGAACUAUGCACAUGGAAACUGGAGUACACAGUUGAUGCCACAAUGGUGGCUGUCUCAAAUGGAGACUUAGUGGAAACAGUGUAUACUCAUGAUAUGAGAAAAAAGACCUUCCAUUAUAUGUUGGCAAUUCCAACUGCAGCAUCUAACAUCUCUUUAGCCAUUGGACCAUUUGAAAUUCUUGUUGAUCCAUAUAUGCAUGAGGUGACUCAUUUUUGUUUGCCCCAGCUUCUCCCACUGCUCAAGCAUACCACAUCAUAUCUCCAUGAAGUAUUUGAAUUCUAUGAGGAGAUACUUACAUGUCGCUACCCUUACUCUUGUUUCAAAACAGUUUUUGUAGAUGAAGCCUACGUUGAAGUAGCCGCUUAUGCUUCUAUGAGCAUUUUUAGCACAAACCUCUUGCACAGUGUAAUGAUAAUAGAUGAAACUCCACUGACCAGGAGGUGUUUGGCUCAGGCGCUAGCCCAGCAGUUCUUUGGUUGCUUUAUAUCUAGGAUGUCUUGGUCAGAUGAGUGGGUGUUGAAGGGAAUCUCUGGCUAUAUUUAUGGCCUUUGGAUGAAAAAAACAUUUGGCGUGAAUGAGUAUCGCCAUUGGAUCAAGGAGGAACUAGACAAAAUAGUUGCAUAUGAACUGAAGACUGGAGGAGUCUUCUUGCAUCCAAUCUUUGGUGCAGGAAAAGAAAAAGACAACCCUGCAUCAUAUUUGCAUUUCUCUAUAAAACAUCCUCACACAUUAUCAUGGGAAUAUUACACUAUGUUCCAAUGCAAAGCCCAUCUAGUGAUGAGACUGAUAGAAAACAGAAUCAGCAUGGAGUUCAUGUUACAGGUUUUCAACAAACUGUUGAGUUUGGCCAGCACUGCCUCAUCCCAGAAGUUCCAGUCUCAUAUGUGGAGUCAGAUGCUUGUUUCCACAUAUGGGUUUUUGAAAUCCAUCUCUAAUGUGUCUGGCAAAGACAUUCAGCCAUUAAUAAAGCAAUGGGUAGAUCAGAGUGGUGUGGUAAAAUUUUAUGGCAGUUUUGCAUUUAAUAGGAAAAGAAAUGUACUUGAGUUAGAAAUAAAACAGGAUUAUACAUCUCCUGGAACACAGAAAUAUGUGGGGCCUCUCAAGGUGACAGUACAAGAGCUUGAUGGAUCUUUUAACCACACACUUCAGAUAGAAGAAAAUAGCCUUAAACAUGACAUACCUUGUCACUCAAAGAGCAGGCGAAAUAAGAAGAAAAAGAUUCCUCUAAUGAAUGGAGAAGAAGUGGACAUGGAUCUUUCUGCCAUGGAUGCUGAUUCCCCCUUACUCUGGAUAAGAAUAGAUCCGGACAUGUCUGUGUUAAGAAAGGUAGAAUUUGAACAGGCUGACUUCAUGUGGCAGUAUCAGCUCCGAUAUGAGAGAGAUGUGGUUGCACAGGAGGAAUCCAUUUUGGCCCUCCAGAAGUUCCCCACUCCAGCAUCACGGCUUGCGCUGACCGACAUACUCGAACAAGAGCAGUGUUUCUACCGAGUGAGGAUAAUGGCAUGCUUCUGUCUUGCAAAGAUUGCAAAUUUUAUGGUGAGUACUUGGACAGGACCACCAGCUAUGAAGUCUCUUUUCACUCGCAUGUUCUGCUGUAAAAGUUGUCCAAACAUUGUGAAAACCAAUAACUUCAUGAACUUUCAGAGCUACUUUCUGCAGAAGACAAUGCCUGUUGCGAUGGCCUUGCUGAGAGAUGUUCAUAAUUUGUGUCCUAAAGAGGUUUUAGCAUUCAUUCUAGACUUAAUCAAGUACAAUGACAAUAGAAAAAACAAGUUUUCAGACAACUAUUAUCGUGCUGAACUGAUAGAUGCAUUAGCAAACUCUGUAACUCCUGCAGUCAGUGUGAAUAAUGAAGCCCGGACCCUGGACAAUCUAAAUCCGGAUGUGCGCCUUAUUCUUGAGGAAAUUACUAGGUUCUUAAACAUGGAAAAACUGCUACCCAGUUACAGACACACCAUUACAGUCAGCUGUUUGAAUGCCAUUCGUGUACUGCAGAAGAAUGGACAUGUUCCAAGUGACCCUGCAGUCUUCAAAUCCUAUGCAGAAUAUGGACACUUUGUGGAUAUACGAAUAGCAGCUUUAGAAGCAGUCGUGGACUACACAAAAGGUUACAGGGUUUUUUAUUUACCAUUCAGUUCAUGCCCAUACAGACUUAAAUUAUCUUUAUAAGUUUCUUAUAUUUGUAUAAAGGCCUGUUCCCUGUUUUCUUUCCCAGUCUUCCAAUAUUAUGUUAAACUUUCGAAUUAUCAACAGAUACAGAUUGGAUUUGUACAGUACAGAUGGG